CUCAAAGCCGGCUUCUACAUCGUCAUACAUACGCUGCUAGUGUGCCACUGGAACUGACCGACUACGGACACGAAUCCCUUGAAGCUCGUAUCAAGAAAAACACGUUGUGUGAUAAAGUGUCUGUGUUCUAAACGACUGAGUGACAUUAAGAGUUGAUUAGAAUUUAUUGCUGUAUCAGUAGAUCGCCUCAACGAGAUCUAGAAAUGGCCGCCACCAUUACCGAAGUUGGAGGAAUCAAGCUGGGCAAGCUGCUGAUCGAGGGCAAGACCAAGCAGGUGUACGACGUGCCCUCGCUGCCCGGCCACUCGAUCCUGCUGAACAAGGACCGCAUCACGGCCCACAAUGGCGUCCGGUCGCACGACCUCGAGGGCAAGGCGCAAAUCUCGAACCAAACCAACGCCAAGGUGUUUACCCUGCUGAACCGGGCCGGCCUCAAGACCGCCUUCGUGAAGGUCGUCGACGCGAACGCGUUCCUGGCGCGCAAGUGCGACAUGGUGCCGAUCGAGUGGGUGACGCGCCGGCUGGCGACCGGAUCGUACCUGAAGCGCAACCCCGGCGUCAAGGAGGGCUUCCGGUUUGCGCCGCCCAAGCAGGAGACGUUCUACAAGGACGACGCCAACGACGAUCCCCAGUGGAGCGAGGAGCAGAUCGUGUCGGCCGGGUUCAAGGUCAACGGGGUGACGAUCGGCCAAGACGAGGUGGACAUCAUGCGCCAGACGACCAUCCUGGUGUUCGAGAUCCUGGAGCGGGCCUGGGGAACGCGCAACUGCGCCCUGAUCGACAUGAAGAUCGAGUUCGGUGUGGACGCCGAGGGUCAGCUGCUGGUGGCGGACGUCAUCGAUUCGGACUCGUGGCGCCUGUGGCCAUCCGGCGACAAACGCCUCAUGGUGGACAAACAGGUGUACCGCAACCUGGCCUCGGUGAGCGCCUCCGACCUGGACACCGUCAAGCGGAACUUCCUCUGGGUGAGCGAACAGUUGGACAACAUUGCGCCGACGAACGACCACCUAGUUGUGGUGCUGAUGGGAAGUCCCUCGGACAAGGAACACUGCGAGAAGAUUGCCAAGCACUGCCGCGAUCUCGGGCUGAACGUGGAACUGCGCGUGACCUCGGCCCACAAGGGAACCAAAACGACGCUGCACAUCGUCAACGAGUACGAAAGUGUCCUCAGCAAUCUGGUCUUCAUCACCGUCGCGGGACGCUCCAACGGACUUGGUCCAGUUCUGUCCGGCAAUACCAACUACCCGGUGAUCAACUGUCCUCCGACCCGGCCCGACAACGUCCAGCUGGAUGUGUGGUCCAGUUUGAAUCUGCCCUCGGGACUGGGCUGUGCCACGGUGCUGUAUCCGGAAGCGGCCGCGCUGAAUGCGGCGCAAAUUUUGGGGCUGGGAAAUUUCCUGAUUUGGAGCAAGUUGCGCGUCAAGCAGUUGAACAAUUACGCCAGCUUGAUCUACGCCGACAAGGGAUUCCGUGGGGUGAAGAAGGCGGAAUGAGGGACUGAUGUGUGUUGUAGUGACUAGAUUAAAUACGAUAUGAUGAUAAUGUAAUG